UGUAGAAAUGAACUAAUUUUCUUAUUACUGUUUCUUGGGUAUCCCUGCAAUAGAGAAGCACAUGUUUUUUACACCCACAUUAUAUAUAUAAUAAAUAUAUAAUAAUAAUAAUAAUAAUAAAUAGCCGCAACAAUGGUUCGCGGUUGUGCUUUUCCCACGUGCACCAACAAGAUGACCAAAAGAAGUGGACUCAGUUUUCAUCGCCUUCCUUUUCACACUCCGAAGAUCCUGCACUUGUGGUUGCUCGCCCUGCGGAUGGAUAUCAACACACCGAUUAAUAAACUCCGUGCUGAUGAUCUGCGAGUGUGUGGCGCUCACUUCACGGAUGAUGACUUUUUCACAGAAACCGCCCGCAAAACCACACGCAAACUCAGAUGUCUAAAGAGAUCAGCUGUCCCUCAUUCGGACCUGGGGCAUAUCUGGGGCAUCACUGGACCUGAGGACUGUAACCUAAAAGAUGAGCCACGUCCAGUGAUUAUAGGACAGUACGAGAUUGUUACAGUGCCACACCCUGAUCACAAAGCUGUCAAGAGCUUUCAGUCUUUUUAUCAAGAAACUAGCAUUUUUAAGACCACUGAGGUUCUGGUAAACACACACUGUUUGCUGGAGCUCUUCCAGUUCUGUUGGCUUUGUCAUAAAGAGUGCUGUAUUACCAUUGAGGGCAAUGAGAAGCUCUUUUCAGUCACCCAGGACUGCCAGAACUGUGGCCACCACAGAGACUGGAGGAGUCACCCGCCUUCAGCCAACCCUACAGAAACAUUUCAUAAUGAACUCAAAGGCCACGCUGAGACAUUUGAUGAAAAACAUGAGGAUAAUGAUGAUGCGGCUUCAUACGUAGAGGUAGAACACACAUUGGAGCCUGGGGAUGAGGAUAGUGAGGAGGUUGUGGUCCAGAUUGGGUCAUCGGAUCAAGAGGGCAGUGAGAAGAGCUAUGAGCAGAUGUUCAUUGAAACAGAUGGGUCAUAUUUUUCAAGUACUGAAGAGGAAACAAGCUUGCAAGAAGAGAUAAAGAAUGAGAAGAAAACAAAGUCAAAAAGACAAAACAGUUCAGAUGAGUGGCAGCCAGAUUUAGGCGAAGAGGCCACAGAUUCUGAUGUGUCCAUGGAUGAAGACCUGUUCACAGCUUUAAAGGAGGAUGGUCAGGGUACACUUGUGGUGUGGUGUACACAAUGUGGAACCGAGGCCUCACUCUCGUGUUCUGUCCUGCGACACAAGAAAGUCUUCUGCUGUGCUCAGUGUGAUGCUGGUGGAGAUACUGAGAUGCUUAGGUUAGAAAAACUAGCUGUUCGGUUUGAUGACUUGUCCAGUUUUCAGAGACAUGCUGAACAGGAGCACGGAGUCAAGACGUUCUAUAAGUUGUGCCAGGAAUGUGGCAAGUUUGUUAGAGCAGACCCUCAAACCAAAGGUUUGAAAGAACAUAAAUGUGAACAAAAGAUAAAAUUUGUUGUCUGUCAAGAGUGUGGAAAAAGAUUCCUCACUGAGGUCGGCUUAAAGAGACAUUGCACUAAACUCCAUGAGGAUGCAGACCAUCCUUGUAAGUACUGUUUGAAGAUGUUUAAGAACAGACCAGCAAAACUAGAACAUGAGCAGACUCAUCCUAAGGAAAAACAGCCCUACAGCUGUCCAGACUGUCCAGAGAAAUUUGACAAUCUUUACAAACGCAACAGCCACGUCAGAUCCCACCGAGGUCCAUAUAAAUAUUUAUGUGAUAUAUGUGAAAAACGCUUUAAAGACCUCCACAGGUUGAGGAGGCAUAAACUCAUCCAUUCUGGAGAAAAGCCUUUCAAAUGCCAAGUGUGUGAGCGUUCCUUUAACCAAAUGGAAAACCUCACUUCCCACAUGCGUGUCCACACCGGAGAGAAACCUUUCAUGUGUGAGCAGUGCGGAGAGUGUUUUAACCACAACGUCAGCCUGAAGAACCACAAGCAACGGCGCCACGACUUGGUUUUGAGUCAGGAGGAAGAUGAAACAGGAUGGCCUGGAGAAUAGGGAACUGAAUACAGCAAGGGAUAUUCCGUGACAUUCCAUGACAAUCUAGACCGCGUGAUUGAAAUGAAUACAGUGGAACAUGUUGCCAUAAUGUGUUUGUUUUUUCCUCUUGAGUAUUAUUCAGACAGAAGUGUUGCUUCCCUAAUGAGUAUUUUUGAAUGUGUUAAUGACAGUCUGUCAUUUAAAGCCUGAAUUGCUAUUUAGUUGGGUGGUAAGCAGUAUAAAUAAGCACUUUCAGGAGUGUCAUCAUACUUAAAAAAGUGGAAAACAUGCUAAUAAUUACCUCUUCUACCCACAUAAAUAUGGCUUUAACUGAAUUAAAAGUACUCCCUGGAGUCAUGAUAAAAAUGCACUUGAUAAAAAUGUGGAUUCCUCAAGGUUUUUUUUGAAUGGAUAAGGCUUUAGGAGGUUUAGUUUGUAAGCCUUCUAAUAGACAGGAAACUCCCCGUGUUAUGCCGAGGUUGUUUUCACAAGUCAUUUCUCAAGUGUUUGGUACAUUUUCAGAAGUGUGAAAGGUCUUUUUGAGCUUUGGAGAGAUGCUGGUCCCUUCAUCUAAACUCUCUUAUAGUCACACACACAUCAUUGGUGGAACCUAUCCACUCUCAACAAUGGAAGUUGAGUAAAUUGAUUAGUUUAUUGCGGUACUUUCUGUUUAGAGUGAGGACAGAAAAAGGAAUGUUAUCGUCUUUAAAGAAAGAACACCUUAUCAUAGUGUCAUACAUGGAAAUUGAUGCCACUGAUAAAAUUGUUUUUUAACAUAGGCAGGCAGCUUCAUGUAUAGAACUGCACAAUUCGAUCAUUUGGAAGGAAUUCUUUUUCUUGCUCAAGCAAACCUGGGGAUAGACAUGUUUGGGCCAAGUGUGAAAACUUCCCUGAAAACGUUUAAAGAGUUUUCUGAAAUGGACAAACCAAAGAACUUUACAGGGUCUUAGAUAGAACCCUUUAUCAUUUCUUAAGGUAUAUCUCAGACUCUACAGAGACUAAUGUGGCACAAAGUACUCCAGGGAAUUAAAACAAAUUCUCUUAAAAUGUAUACUUUGGAAUCAUUUUGGAAAAAAUAAAGGUUUAGGCAAACUUCAGACCAUUCCUAGUGUUAGAAAAGCAGAUAUACUACGGUUGAACAAAGAAAAGCUUUAUUUUAGUCCAUGAAAGAAAAAGUGUGGUUAACUUUUUUUUGCAAUACAUAAGCAAAGCAUUUGAGCACAUCAUUAUUAUUAAAAUGUUUUGAUGGUUGUAUAUAAUAAAAUAAUUUAUCACUGGGUGAAAUUACUUGCAGAGCAGAGUUUUGUUCUAAAUAUAUCCCUGACAAGCAUAGGAAUAAAUCAAGAUUUCCAGGCAUUAAUUUACUCAGUCUGGGGUAAAAUGUGGUGGCAAAUAUUUUUUCCAUCGAUCUGAUAGUCUUUUCCUAUUGAGUCGGUUAAUCAGGAUGCUGUGGCCAAAUAUUGCACCGUUCUUUGCUUUAUUUACAAGUAUAUAACCAACACAAAGAUUUUUAGGUUCUCUACUCUUGGUUACAUUACAUUAAAUGACAUUACAUGAAAUCAGUAGCUUGUUACUGGAGAAGCUACAGUAUUUGGAAAUAAGCUCUUCUGCUAUUGAAAAUAUACUUGAGUAGGUAGCAUGGCUUCAUGUAGCUAACUAGAUCCCAACACCACAAAACAAAACAUAUAAAUGAUAAAUAAAACAGCUAUGUAACAUAUCAUUGAUAAAAGCAUGUAAUGAUUGAGAUAUACUAGUUUUAAACAGAAUAGCUAACCGUGAAUUGGAGGUAAAAGUAUAACCAACACCAAAAAGAAACCCAAAAUUAGUCUAAAAUAAAUUGAUGUGCUAACUCUAUGUCCAAAAAAAUGAAUUAAAAUGUUGAGAUGUUGAGAAAGAUGUUGUCUGGUCUUGAACUACAAGGA